UAAAUAACGCAAACAGGUAAUAAUGCACCUAAACAUUUAAAGAGGAUUUUCUUUGUAUUUUUGGUUUUCAAUAGUUGUUUGUUUUAUCCCCAAAUUAUUAUUUUAUUUAUCUAUAUUUUAAUAUAAUUGGUGAUAUGAAGUGUUAUUACGAAACUCAAAAAAUUGUUGGCUGGAAGGCUUAAAUAAAAUUUAGGCAAUGAGUAUAAAUUAGGUUCGAAUCUCGCAUAUCCUCAGUAAAUAAAUGAAUAUUAGCAAAUAUUUCUUACUCCAUCACACAAUUACAAGGGCUUAGAAAUUGCAUUGAAUUCACUGUAAUCAAGCUGGUCAGUGUACAAUUUAUACCUAUUCACGGGUGAUAAAAUUCCUUUUGUAGUGUAUUUUUUGUGUUCAACAUUUAUGGUAGUAUUAUUCUGAGAGAAAAAAGGUUUCUAGACUUUGUAAAGGGAAAUAACUAAUUACACAAAUACUGGAUCUAUACAGAGCAAGGUCUUUAAUUGUUUUUUUUAAUGGUCCAGUAAAUUCUGGGUAAAUCUGUAUUGUACGGAUUAGCGCCAAAAAAAAUCGUACAAAUAUGAAAUAACUUUCAUUAUAUGCUCUUUUAUGUCCUCUUUUCAAAACCGCCUGCGGAGAUUAAAAAUUCCAAUUACUUUUGGAGAUAUCGCCGUUCUUAUUUUGCAAUACAAGCCCUAUGUAAUCAUUCAACAGGCGCCAUUUUAUAUUUUGCCGUGUGUGCGUGAAUGCAUAAAUAACAGAAAUUUUCCAUUAGGUAAGGUUAGUUACAUGAUAAAUACUUCAAAAUAAACGGAAAUUAAAAAUAAUAUCAAUUAAUUUUACUUGUAUAGUUUUAAGUAUUUAUAAUGUAACUGACUUGACCUAACUAAACGGGACAAAGGUAGAUUAGGUCAGGUCAGCUACAGUAUAAAUACUUUGAAACUGAACGGACAUUAAAAAUAAUAAAAAUUAAUUUUAAUGGUUGUUUAGUUUUAAAGUAUUUAUAAUGUAGCUGACCUGACCUAACAAACCGGGAAAAAGGAUGAACAGUAGGAACUCACGUAAUUUUCUUUUUACGUGAUGUAGUCGUUCAACUACGUCGCGAAAAAAAAAAAUAUCAUACUUGUAAACAAGCAACAAUGGGAACGCGGGAAGCCUACGAUUCACUCAUCCUUCUGGACAUACCCGAAUACUCACGUUGGCAAGCCUUCUUUCAACAGACGAGAGGCGAACGCCCGAUCGUGCAUCUUCGGUUUUUCUUUUUUGUUUAUUGUAAAUAAAUAUGCAACUCAUGAAAACUAAUGGUCAAUUAGGUAUUGUUAGCUAUAUUAUAAAUACUUGAAAACAUUGUGGAUGGUUGAUUUGGUUAGGAUAGCUACAUUAAAAAUACUGUGAAAUCAUGUUAACGGUUUCCUAGCGCUGGAUAGCUACAUAUUAAAAAGUUAUUUGCUAAGCAACCAUAAAAUGAUUUUACAGUUAUUUUAAUGUAGCUAUACUUACCUAAUAUAACCAACCAUCCACAGUGUUUUAAAGUAUUUUUAAUUACUUCUUGCUAAUUUUAAGAAAAGAAGUCUUGCCAACGUGAGUAUUCGGGUAUGUCCAGAAGGAUGUGUGAAUCGUAGGCUUCCCGCUGAACUCCGCAUCAGUGCACAUCACGAAAAUUAAAAAAUUCCAUAUCUCCUAAAGUAUUUGGAAUUUCUGAUCUCCGCCGGGUUUAAUGAAAAGAGGAAGUUAAAGAGCACAGAAUAAAGAUACAUAUUCUGAAGAUUGGGAAUUUUUUCCUUAAUAUCAAUGAAGUGUGUGUGUGAAUUUUAAUAACCCCAAAUUCAUUACUUUAGUUCUUUGUCUUAAACUAUUCUUUCCUAAUGAUAUAAAUUCAGUAUGCAAAGUACAAAGAAGAAACGCUGUACUUCAACAGAAAAUGUGUCUAGUUCUAACUCUUAUAGUCUGCGAAAAUAUACACCACAUGCAGUGAAAAUGGAAAGUGUAAAAAAAACAAGCCAGACAAAAGAUGAUAUAAAUUCGCAUUUGGAUGCACUGUUGAAAAAUUCUUCAGUAUCAGAUCGUAAGCAAAAACUAGGAAAACCUUCUCCUUUGGCUGAAAAAUUUAUUACAGGUGUCAAACAAAGGAAUACAGUUCCAAAGCAAAAGAAAGCAAGUACAUCUCUGAACUGCCAUCUGAGUUGCCCAAGUAGCAAACAGGAAGACUGUAAAAGUAUCUCUAGAACCAUCUCUCUAAGUAAGAGUAGUGAGGACAAGGAAAAUGUAUUGCCUUCGGUAAAAUUAUUGCAGACACGUUCAAGUACCAAAAAAUUGAUUUCAAAGCAACAACCUUUGCCUGCAAAAGACAAACAGAAUGUUCCUUGUUAUGAAAAGGAUGUCCUCUGUGGAUCUGAUUCAGUUUUAAAAUUAGAAACUCAUGUAGGUAGAAAUCCAUCACGCAGACUAAUGUUUCAGGAAAAUUUUGCUUCUGUGUCCAAGGAAGGUGUGUACGACUUUGACGAGGAUGAUGUGUCGUCAAAGUCUCAGCGAAAAAAUAAUAAACGAAAGAAACAGUUGGAUUUGUCUGACGAAGAGUACUUACCAUCAAAAACUAAGCGUAUGUGUAAACCUCAUGUAUCACUAUCUUCAAAGAACUUGGAGGGCAGUAAUUGUAGCAACUGCCCUAGAAGAAGAAAAAAGAAUACUGGCAGAAAAACCAAACCAGAAAAUUCACUUCUUACAGAAAAGCACGCAACAAAUAAUUAUUCUAUAUCAGUAGACCUACAGGAAACAUUAGUAAAUCGUACCGUUAGUUCAGAUCUUAAAGUAAAUCACAUAAAUGAUGAGAAACUACAUUUAAAACCAGUUGUUGUUCUCAAGAGACUUUCUCUCUCCAUUCACAAGAAUAACUAUACUUCAUCAGUAGGAGCAACUAAACAUAUCACUUUAUCAGACAUAGGCAACAUUGAGAACAUUGUUACCUGUAAAACAACUGGUUAUAUCAGCCCAAAGUCUUAUGUUGAAAGGAACUGCAGCAUUGAUAAUUCAUUCCUUUCACAUCCAAGAACUUUAUUAGAUGAUGAAAUGGCUUGUUUGAACAAUGCUGAAGAUUCUCCCGAUAACUUUAAGGGUUUCACACCUUGCAGAAAAUUGUGCAUCAGCCAUACAUCUCAACGCAAUUUGAAAGUGUUUAGCACUGGAAAUAAGGAAUCGAUUCAAUCAAAAGACUUGACAGUAUUUCAGAAUAACAUUGGUCACAAUGUUGCUGAAGCUGUAAUUGUGAAAAACUUGAAUCUUUUACCUGAAACAAACAUUUCUAGGGAUUGUUGUAAACAUGCCACAGAUUUACCUAUGGCAAGCAUGUCAGAACAACCAGGAAGCUCAAAAGUUAAAGAAAUUUAUAUUGUUCAACAUUCUGUCAGUGUGACAUGUUUGAAAGAGGUUUGCAAUGGUAAUAGUAAGUUAGAUUUGAAACCAGUUGUUGAUCUCAGGAGUUUGGCUCAUAAAACAUGCAGCAGUGACCACAAAUCACCAGACAAAGGAACUGCAUGUAAAAGCAACUCUGUCUUUGACACCAGCAACAAGGAGAACAUUCCAACCAAUGAACACAAGUCCACGUCAAAGACUCGGCAUAGUAGGAAAUUGUGGAGACCAACGGCGUACGUUAGUCCAAAAGCUUACACUGAAAGGAACAGCAGUUUUGAAGAUUCUUUUUAUUCACCGUUGAGAAUUUCAAUGGAAAACAACAUUGCUGAUCAUAAGAAAAAGGAAGAUGCAUCAUCACAUGUUUUUACUCAGGAUGAAGAGUUGUGUGAGAAUCUGAAAGAUGUCAGUUCCAGAUCACAUUCUAAAUGUUUUUUGGAAUCGGAUAGACUAGCUUUCCAAAAAACUGAUAAUGGACUAAGCAUUUCUGAUAUUAAUUCAGAAAGUGCCAACGCAAUUGGUCGUAUCUUGGUACCCAAGGAGGAUGUCUGCAUAUCAGUCACUAAUGGAGGUGUAAACACAAUUUGUGCAGAUAUUUCGGAUAAAAACUCACUGCUGUGUGAAAAACGGGGAAGGCUUCCUGCAGUGCAUAGUAGUAAUGUCAGUGGUGGUAAUAUAUCAAACAAUGCAGCAGUUAUUGUGGAUCAUAGUGAGCACACUAAUUCUGAGAAUUCUUUUUCAAAAACUCAUUCCAUUUCUGUGAAUAGUGUUAAUGAUGUUAGCUUCACGAACAAGAAUGGACGCAGGAUUGAAAUAAGGGCUAGUCGUGGGAUGUGUCCGAACUUUGCUGACACAGACCUGUUAGGCAAGUGCAACUCUGACAAUUACUUUGGUUUCGACCAUGAGGAACCCGAAGAGGAGUUGCUGUCGCCAAUAAAAGUACCGACGUGUGCCCAGCCAUCGCAGCUGAGCAUCGCGACGAGUUCAACUCCGGACCACGGUACGUCCACUGCGAAGUCGAGCUUCAAGCCAUGGAGACCGCCAGUGAACCGUGUGGCCAGCAGGCCGCGCAAGCAGGUGCAGGCGACCAUGCACUCGUUUCUCUCCAAGUCUGCCCCACAGUUCCUCUCUAAGACUGCCCUGGCAGCAAAGCAUGAUGCGCAUGCUGUCAUAGAGCCAGAGACUGCAACGAGCACUUCCCUUCACCACACAACCACCGCUGCUCAGGAAGUCACAACAGCAGAGUCAACGCCGACAAUCUACGACGUGUAUCUUGAACUGCCAGAUUCAAGUGACAGCAGACAACCUUCUAGAAGAGUUUACACUCAUCCAAGAAAAUGCAAUCUCGAUAGCUUGCAAGAAGAGCAAAUGACAGACAAUAAAUGGGAAAGUAUGAGAAGAAAGAUUACUAAGAAGAGAGAAGAAAAUAAUUUGGAUGUUGAAGGUGAAAAUCUAAGCAGGAAGGCUACUAAGAAGAGAUCAAAGAAAGAAGUUAAAGCAGAUGGAGAAAUGCGAAAAUUCCUGUCAGAAAUCAACAAUGAAUUCAAAGAAAUUGAAAACUUUGAACUUUGUGUGGAGUGAAUUUUGACGUGUGCUCUUCUGCUAAGGUCCAUUACCGAUACACUGACAGAAGGAAACUACUGUCGUAAAAGCAAAGUAGCAGUUUCAUCAUAUCCAGAUGGUAAUGACUUUCGUGAGUACAGCACAAAAGUGUGUAAACGUAAUUACUCACACUUUAAAAUGUGGUAUUUGUAACUUUGCCUACAGGGUUUGUGUUUAAGUUAUCAGAACCAAAUAUUAUUUUCUUUUGUGAACUUUAUCAAGAAUCAAAUUAGUUCUAAAAAUAUUUUUAUACAAAUUUUUAUUGUAAUUUACAUUGUAUUUACAUUGUAAUGUUAAUAUGUACAGUUAUUAGUACUGUUGCAGAAUCUGCAACAGUACAAUAUGCUUGGUAAUUUUUUUUACUUAUGUAUUUUUUACAGAUAUAUGUUUACUAUAAUACUUGUAUGGAUUCAUUUUGAAGAUUUUAAUGUAAUGUUUUUUAACUACAGAACUUUUAACUUAUUUUAAGUACUUUUUAAAUUAAAUUAAUAUUAAUGGUAUGAGUGGUACAAUUUUAAUCAGCAUGUUAUAUUAUUUUAAACUGCAACAUAGCAUUUUGAUUGUAAAUAUUUCUUCUGUGUAAAAAGCUGACACUAGGUAGGUUAUUAAAGCUGUUAAUGAAA